AUGAAUUAUCCAAGCUACGUCUUAGCAUCCUGGCUUUGUAUCAUUUUGGGUUAUGCUGGCUGUGUUUCUCAGGCUACUACUAUAACAGCAGAUCUGGCAACUCUUAAUGACUACUUUAAUGCAAGUGUAUCCGAUAUAGCUGAUGGUAGUCGGCCUCUCUUCACAAACAUGAUGAAACGUUGGAAAGAGGACAGUGACAAGAGAAUCCUAAUGAGCCAUAUUAUCACAGUUUAUUUCAAAAUCUUUGAAAUCUUGAAAGACAACUCCGUCAUCAAAAAUAGCCUGGAAAAGAUCAAAGAAGACAUGAUCAUCAAAUUCUUCCCUAACAACACUUUCAACAGAGCCAAAGAUAUUGAAGAUCUCCUCCACACUCAGGUGAAUGAUUUCAAAGUCCAAAGGAAAGCUAUAUUUGAACUAGAUGAAAUCAUGCAAGACCUCUCAUCCAAAUCUCAUCUAAGAAAGAGAAAAAGAAGACAGAACAGAAGCCAAAGAACAAUCAAACAGUAA